UAACCUUGCGCACCAAGUCUCCAAAACCUCAGUUUUCGCCCUCGAACUACCCCGUCAUCGAAAACCUCCAAUUUCACAGUAUUAAUUUAAUCUCAAGUAUUUUCUCGUGACACGCGAAAGGUCUUCUCGCCGGGUAAAAGUCGAUCCUCCGAGGGACUAUUUUGCAAUCGAACGAGUCGUGGUGGGGGACGAAUGGACGAAUAAUGGCGGCCAUGAUGGGUGUCAGCGGUUGACGGUAUUUGCCUUGCGUCAGUCGAUUUUGUACGCGGAUGAUUGAAUCGAGAUUUUCGGGGUGAAAGGUGUACGAAAAAGUUAGUGUAGUUGCGAUCGAGAGUAUCGCCACUGGCCGCGAAAAGAUCCUGCCAAGUUUGGCGGCUUAAUUAUUCCGGUAAUCUGGGAAUAUCAUCGCAAAAAUGACGCAGCUACUGCCCAUAAGGUUUCAGGAACAUCUCCAGCUGACCGCUGUUGGGAUAAACGCAAACAAUGUCAGCUUCAAUACUGUCACCAUGGAGUCUGAUAAAUUCAUCUGUGUGCGAGAAAAGGUGGGCGAUACAGCACAAGUAGUAAUCAUCGAUAUGAAUGAUACCGCCAACCCCAUUAGAAGGCCGAUUUCUGCAGAUUCGGCAAUUAUGAAUCCAGCGAGCAAAGUCAUCGCUCUGAAAGCUCAAAAAACCCUACAGAUCUUCAAUAUCGAGAUGAAGUCGAAAAUGAAGGCCCACACAAUGACGGAGGACGUCGUCUUCUGGAAGUGGAUCUCCCUUAACACCUUAGCCCUGGUGACAGAAACAACAGUCUACCAUUGGUCGAUGGAAGGCGACUCGACCCCAAAUAAAGUUUUCGAUCGUCACUCGUCCUUGACCGGAUGUCAAAUCAUAAACUACCGUACAGAUGCGAAACAAACUUGGCUUCUCCUGAUCGGAAUUUCCGCCCAGCACAGUAGAGUUGUCGGUGCAAUGCAACUUUAUUCCGUCGAGCGAAAAUGUUCCCAACCAAUUGAAGGUCAUGCGGCUUCAUUCGCACAAUUCAAAAUGGAAGGGAAUCCCGAGGCAAGUAAUCUCUUUUGUUUCGCGGUGAGAACUGUGCAGGGCGCGAAAUUGCAUAUCAUAGAAGUUGGACAACCACCGGCUGGCAAUCAUCCAUUCCCGAAAAAGGCCGUCGAGGUCUUCUUCCCACCUGAGGCUGGCAACGAUUUUCCCGUGGCCAUGCAAGUCAGUUCCAAAUACGAUGUUAUAUACCUGAUAACCAAGUACGGUUACAUUCACAUGUAUGAUAUUGAGUCGGCGACUUGUAUAUUCAUGAACCGCAUCUCCGGGGAGACGAUUUUUGUCACCGCACCACAUGAGGCGUCCGGCGGAAUUAUUGGCGUGAAUAGGAAAGGUCAAGUGCUCUCAGUGUCCGUCGAGGAAGAAAAUAUUAUUCCGUACAUCAACGGUGUACUGCAAAAUCCGGAACUGGCGCUCAGAAUGGCUGUGCGGAAUAAUUUGUCCGGUGCCGAGGAUCUCUUUGUUAGGAAAUUCAAUAUGCUCUUCCAAAAUGGCCAGUAUGCCGAGGCUGCCAAAGUUGCAGCAAACGCGCCCAAGGGAAUACUCAGGACACCAGCAACUAUACAACGAUUUCAACAGGUUCCAACGACUCAAGGACAGACAUCUCCUCUUCUUCAAUACUUCGGUAUUCUGUUAGAUCAAGGCCAGUUGAAUAAGUACGAAUCUCUGGAAUUAUGUCGUCCAGUUUUGGUGCAGGGUAGAAAGCAACUUUUGGAAAAAUGGUUGAAGGAGGACAAGCUCGAGUGCAGCGAAGAAUUAGGAGACUUGGUGAAACAAGCCGAUCCAACUCUCGCACUCAGUGUCUACCUAAGAGCCAACGUUCCAAACAAAGUGAUUCAGUGCUUUGCAGAAACGGGCCAGUUCCAGAAAAUUGUCCUCUACGCGAAGAAAGUUUCGUACACCCCGGACUACAUAUUUUUACUAAGAAAUGUUAUGAGAAUCAAUCCCGAUCAGGGUGUUGCUUUCGCCCAGAUGCUGGUACAAGACGAUGAGCCCUUAGCUGACAUUAAUCAGAUUGUCGACAUAUUUAUGGAGCAGAAUAUGGUGCAGCAGUGCACGGCCUUUUUGUUGGACGCCCUCAAGAAUAAUCGUCCGAGUGAGGGAACACUGCAAACUCGUCUUCUGGAGAUGAAUCUGCUGUCAGCGCCACAAGUGGCGGAUGCAAUUUUAGGAAAUCAAAUGUUCACGCACUACGACCGAGCCCACGUUGCUCAGUUGUGUGAAAAAGCCGGAUUACUUCAGAGGGCGCUUGAACAUUACACGGAUUUGUACGAUAUUAAACGAGCAGUCGUUCACACACAUUUACUGUCUCCCGAUUGGCUCGUUGGAUUCUUUGGCACUCUCUCUGUCGAGGACUCGCUUGAAUGCCUGAAGGCCAUGUUGACCGCAAAUAUUAGACAGAAUCUGCAAAUUUGUGUUCAGAUCGCGACCAAGUAUCACGAGCAACUGACAACAAAAUCACUUAUCGAUCUCUUUGAGAGCUUCAAGUCCUAUGAAGGUCUCUUCUACUUCCUCGGCUCCAUCGUGAACUUCAGCCAAGACCAAGAAGUACACUUUAAAUACAUUCAAUCUGCCUGCAAGACUGGACAGAUCAAGGAAGUGGAAAGAAUUUGUCGAGAGAGUAACUGUUAUAGUCCAGAGCGAGUUAAAAAUUUCCUGAAGGAAGCCAAACUCUCUGAUCAGCUGCCCUUGAUAAUUGUCUGCGAUCGGUUUGAUUUCGUACACGAUCUUGUGUUAUACUUGUACAGAAAUAAUUUACAAAAGUAUAUUGAAAUAUAUGUGCAAAAGGUGAAUCCUUCACGAUUACCAGUCGUGAUCGGUGGUCUACUGGACGUCGAUUGUUCGGAAGACAUUAUAAAGAAUUUGAUUCUCGUUGUUCGUGGACAGUUUUCCACGGACGAACUCGUCGAAGAGGUGGAGAAACGCAAUCGCUUGAAAUUACUACUCCCUUGGCUCGAAUCUCGUGUUCAUGAAGGAUGCGUUGAGCCAGCAACUCACAAUGCUCUGGCCAAAAUUUACAUUGACAGCAAUAAUAAUCCUGAGAGAUUUCUCAAGGAGAAUCAAUUCUAUGACAGCCGAGUUGUGGGCAAAUACUGCGAGAAGCGAGAUCCUCAUUUAGCCUGUAUCGCUUAUGAGCGCGGCCAAUGCGAUCGUGAAUUAAUCAGCGUUUGCAAUGAAAACAGCCUCUUCAAGAGCGAAGCUAGGUAUCUCGUGCGACGACGAGAUCCUGAUCUUUGGGCGGAAGUUCUCCUCGAGAGCAAUCCCUACAAGCGACCAUUGAUCGAUCAGGUCGUACAGACGGCAUUAUCAGAAACACAGGACCCGGAGGAUAUAUCCGUGACAGUGAAGGCAUUCAUGACAGCUGAUUUGCCGAACGAAUUGAUCGAGCUUCUCGAGAAAAUUGUCCUCGACAGCAGUGUCUUUAGCGAUCAUCGGAACUUGCAGAAUCUCUUAAUCUUAACGGCCAUCAAAGCUGACCGGACACGUGUUAUGGAGUACAUCAACCGUUUGGACAAUUACGACGCGCCUGAUAUUGCAAAUAUUGCGAUCAACAAUGAACUCUACGAAGAAGCAUUCGCCAUCUUCAAGAAGUUUGAUGUCAACACUUCCGCGAUACAGGUUUUAAUUGAACAAGUCAAUAAUCUGGACAGAGCUUACGAGUUUGCCGAGAGAUGCAACGAGCCGGCCGUUUGGUCGCAACUCGCCAAAGCUCAACUGCAACAGGGUUUGGUGAAGGAGGCUAUCGACAGUUUUAUUAAAGCUGACGAUCCCACGGCCUAUGUGGAUGUUGUGGAGACCGCUCAUCGAACAUCGCACUGGGAGGAUUUGGUGCGUUAUCUACAAAUGGCGCGCAAGAAGACCCGCGAGUCAUUUAUCGAGAGCGAGCUGAUCUACGCUUACGCUCGCACCAAUCGACUCGCCGACCUCGAGGAAUUCAUCUCGGGACCAAAUCACGCCGACAUACAGAAGAUUGGCGAUCGCUGCUUCGACGACAAGAUGUACGAGCCGGCAAAACUCCUCUACAACAAUGUCUCGAACUUUGCUCGACUUGCCAUCACCCUCGUGCACUUGACGGAGUUUCAGGGCGCGGUAGACAGUGCCAGGAAGGCAAACUCGACUCGCACCUGGAAGGAGGUGUGUUUCGCUUGUGUCGACAGCGGUGAAUUCAGACUAGCACAGAUGUGUGGACUGCACAUUGUCGUGCAUGCCGACGAGCUCGAGGACUUGAUUAACUAUUAUCAGGAUCGUGGACACUUUGAGGAGCUGAUCAAUCUUUUGGAGGCGGCCUUGGGACUCGAGAGAGCGCACAUGGGAAUGUUUACGGAACUCGCGAUUCUCUACAGUAAAUACAAGCCGCAGAGAAUGCGGGAACAUCUUGAACUGUUCUGGUCGCGAGUCAACAUUCCCAAGGUUCUACGUGCCGCUGAAUCGGCCCAUUUGUGGGCGGAACUUGUGUUUCUGUAUGACAAAUAUGAGGAGUACGACAAUGCGGUUUUGGCAAUGAUGCAGCAUCCUAGCGAAGCGUGGAGAGAAGGUCACUUCAAGGACGUGAUAACGAAAGUGGCGAAUGUCGAGCUCUAUUAUAAGGCUAUCCAGUUUUAUGUUGAAUUUAAGCCCCUUCUGCUGAAUGAUAUUUUAUUGGUGCUUGCACCGCGCAUGGAUCACACGAGAUCGGUAGCUUAUUUCACGAGGAUGAAUCAUUUGCAGUUGGUGAAACCGUAUCUUCGAUCUGUCCAGGCUUUGAAUAAUAAGGCGAUUAAUGAAGCUUUGAAUGGAUUGCUGAUUGACGAGGAGGAUUAUCAGGGUCUGAGAACGUCGAUAGACGCAUUUGAUAAUUUCGAUAAUAUUGCCCUUGCACAACAGUUGGAGAAGCACGAGUUGAUUGAGUUCAGGAGAAUUGCGGCGUAUUUGUAUAAGGGCAAUAAUAGGUGGAAACAGUCUGUGGAAUUGUGCAAGAAAGAUAGAUUGUUUAGAGAUGCAAUGGAGUAUGCGGCGGAAUCUCGUCAAGCCGAAGUAGCGGAAGAGUUGCUGGAGUGGUUCUUGGAGAGAGGGUCGAAAGAUUGCUUUGCGGCGUGCCUUUUCCACUGUUACGAUUUACUUCAUCCAGACGUGAUCUUGGAACUUGCGUGGAGACACAAAAUUUUGCACUUCGCAAUGCCUUACCUUAUCCAAGUCGCGCGAGAGUACAUUAGCAAGGUUGAUAAGCUGGAAGAAGCUGAGAGUCGACGUUUAGAAGAGACUGAUCAUCAGGAGCAUAAGCCUAUGAUCAUGCCUGAACCGCAAUUGAUGCUGACGGCAGGGCCGGGCAUGAUGGCACCAGGAUAUGCGCCUCCAGGUGUCUACGGAGCCCCAGCCCAGGGUGUUUAUGCGCCCGCGGCAGCAGCCUACCAGGGUUACGGCAUGUGAGAACCACUGUACAAUUCAUUUCCUAAUACCGAACAACAGCAACAGCAGCAACAACAACAUCAUUUACUUUUCUAUAAGGCUUAGAUAGAUCAAGAGUAGGCCCUUAGGACCUAGACGUAAAUAAAUGCUGGAAAAAUGUCACUAUCGAGCAGACGUCGUUAUGCUUAGACCAGUCUUUAAUAAUAAAUGCUAGAAAAAAUGACGACGUCCCGUCGUAUACCAAAUAUUAAUUGCAAAUUUGUAGAUACAAGAUUCCAUUUCAUCAUGUGGUUUUCGACCAUCUCGAAUGAUCAUUUCGGUUGAAAAAGCCUCCUCAAGAUUUAAGCCACGCUUAUUGUCUGUCGGUACGCAAAAGCAAAAAAAAAAAUAUAUAUAUAUAUCCAAAAGAAGACUCAGUUUUCAAAAGAUGUUAUGAAUUUUUGAUGUUGUUUGCAUUUAGUGCUGAGGAAAAACUUCUUUAAAGGAUAAAGGGAAUUCGCGUGUAUAGAAAAGAUUGCAUGGCGUGUGUGCAGUUUGCUUGUGACAUGACUUCCGAAAUACUCCAUGUCGUCCCUCUUCCAAACAAACAAACAAAAAAAAAAACAAAAAAAAAACUUUGUUCUUUCAAAUAAGCAAUCGAUAUCUUGAUGUACACGAAACUUGAAACACCUCACGACUCACGUCAGGAAUUUAUUUGAUAUUCCUGAAGAAAAAUAAAAAAAAUCGGAUAGAUAAUAAAUGACUCCAGUCAUCUAAUUAGAGGUCUCUUUCGGUUUUUUAAAAUUUAAUUAUUGGAGGAAUUAAGGUUUUAGGACAGUAUGUGCUUGUUAAAACUUUCGUUGAUUUAACUUAAAUUCCAGUGUAGCAGCUUGACUAUCUGUUAUUGUUCCGUCGUUUUUGUUACUUGUCCAGUAAGGUGAAAAAAAUGUUUCAUUAAACGUAAAUUGAAAGAAGAAAAAAAUAUAUAUAUAUAUGACUCCGGAAGUCUUUGAUUUCAACGAAUCUUGUUCCAAGAUUUAUUGCGCCUCUCGUACAAUGAAAACUCGCUAUUGUUUUACCGAGACAACUCAGAUCGGUAUUGAAAAAAAAAUAUAUGCCAGAGAUUUGAAAGUAGAGAAAGCGCAAGUUUAGGGUAUUUUUUUUUUUUAAUAUCAGCUUAAGUAAAAUUGUAAAAAUAUUUUGUAAACACUUUAUCCUGUUUUUGUAAUUCAUUUAGCACGAAUGAGUUUGUCUCUUGUUUGAAUAUCGAUAUUGCCUUGAAUACGAGAUGCAGAAACCAAUUGUAAAAUCGUUUCGACUAUCAUGUAAGAAGCAGUGUAGUAUACUUUAGUAAAUACAGCCUGUUUUUCUAUGGAACUCUUAGGAAACGAGAAUUGCCUCUUGUUUCACGGCUAAGAAGAUUAACACUAGAUACGCGAUGAAUGUGUCUCGCCGAUGUGGACAAUAUUAUCCAGUUGCCCCGGGAAACUUUACGACAAAAAUCGGCGUUUAUUGACGACGACGCGAUUUUUAUUCGGACAGCAUAAUUUCUGAGGUAUCACGAGUGUCUGACAUUUUUGGGUCCCAUUAGAGAUACGUAUAAGUAUUAGUUAAAAGCAUUAAAUUAGAUGGACACGACCGAAAGGAUUAUUUUUUUCCUCCAAAGGACAUUCCCAAAAGUUAUAAUUAUCGAACUCUUUUUUUUUAUGUCCUUGCACUGUAUUUUCUAAAUCAAAUCCCAAGACUAGUAAAAACUUGAACGAAUGUAAUAUUUGUUUGAAACAUGAGCCGCGUCGCAUGCGGUUCCGUCGCAAGUUGUUAUUGUAUUGAUAUAUCAUAUAAUUAUUUGAAUAUUGUGAAUUAUAAUUAUUGGAGAGAGAUAGGAGAGAGAAGGGGAGAGGAGAGGAAAAGAAGAUCGAUUGAUAAUUAUACAUAUAUUAUAAAUAUAUGAUUAUAUUAUAUAAUUAUAUAUUAAACCUGGUAAUUAAUAAUAUAACGUGUAAGUAGUAGAUAUACAUAUAAUAUAAUAAUAUUAAAAAAAAAACAAAUCGUAUUAACGAAGGAAAUAAAGAAAUAAAUUAUAGAAAGAAAAAGAAAUAUGUUUAACUGAUUUGCAUGAUCAAUGUGACACAGGAUACAUUUUGUUGUUUCCAUUGUAAAAUGUAAUUGAGAGAUGUGCAGAAAAGCUAUAAAUAGUUUCAAAUAAAACUCGUUUCGAACUUA